GGCAACGAGGGGAAGGGGGGUGAGAGACGUGAGGAGAGGCUAAGAUGGCGGACGACCUAGAUGAGCUGCUGGACGAGGUAGAGAACAAGUUCUGCCGCCUCUCGAGGCGAGACUGUUCGGAGCGAGGCCGGCCAGGCCAAGGGCGGAAAAGGAACCGCUUCCGCGAGGAGGAAGAAGAGGCCGAAGCCGAGGCCGCCGCGGCGGGGGAGAGGGCCAGAUUUUCCAAAGUAUUGACAAAAGGUGCUAGUGAAGAAGAAGACAUAGAUGACAUAAUUAAAGAUAUCAUCGACGAAAACAGCUAUGCCAAAAAUCUUGUGAAACAUAAAUCUAAGUCACCUAGCCCUGCAUCUGAAAAUAGAACUACCUCCAUUCAAGCUCAUGGUAAGAGAUGUUGCCCUGUAUAUCUUGGUGGAAGCAGCGCGCCGCAUGGUAUAGGAACAAAUAUUUCUCAGAGAACCUGUGAUCAGCUGCGGUGUACUGCAUGUGACUUCCGUGUUUUGCAAUACGAUGACUUUCAGUGGGAUCAGUCAUGUGAUUACCUCUUUUUCAGGAAUAACAUGCCUGAAUUCCGCAAGUUGAGGACGAAGAUGCAAACCAAGAAAGGAUCGAGGGCCUACGCUUGUCAGUGCACUUGGAAAUCAAUAGAUGAAUUAACAGACCUCACUGUGGAUCGACAGCUCCGCUGGGUUUGCAGCAAGCACGUCGAAUGAAGUUGUCUUUGUCAUCCACAUGCUCAUUUCUGUAUGAAGACCAUCUGUUCAUUGCUCGGCAUCACGAGUGAUGAAUUGAGUGUGUACACUUAGAUCUUGAUAAUCCAAAUACAAACUCUGGACUUUGCCUUGUCUGCAAUUCCCUUGUGAACUAAUGGAACUGGGGGGGCAUAGUAAGCUGGAGACCUUCCUCGGCCUAGAGGACCAGGCUGGCAGAACUGUUGAGUACUUCCAGUGUAGCAGGAAAUGAAGCUGAAAGGAAGCAAGGUCUGGGUCCUAGAAGGCUUCCCACAAAUGUAGAAGCGAGAGAUACACCUGAAAAGAAAGAGAAAUCUGUCUAAGCUAAUACCUGGGUUAGAACACUUUUUGAAUAUGCAUGUGGGAUAUUUUGGCUUUGGCUUUUUACCUGCAGAUGUGUAUGUAGGGAGCCAAUCUUCAAAUUAAUAUCAUUUCGGAGUUGUUUUAGCAAGAUGCUGAAGCUUGCUUUCAGAGCAAGAGCAAAUAGCUUGGACAGUCCAGCAAUGGGAAGAAAAAUGACACGACAGCUCCAGCAUUUUAAUAAGCUCAUUUCUAGUUGUGAGCCAGGUUCUUAGGCUGCAGUCUUCAUGCACGUCAUCCCAGGAAUCAGCCCCACUGGACAUGGUGGUACUUGCUUCUAAGUAAACAUAACUAGAGUUGAGCUAGGGUGGAGCUCUUUCUGCUCCCUUAAGUCUGCAAUCCUAUGCACACUCACUUGGAACAAAGUCCCACUGAAUUCAGUAGGACUUACUUCUGAGUAGAAUGCAUUGGAUUGAGCCACUCAAAGCUGUUCGUGUAAAUGAUAUUGCGACGGAGCCUAAACAAUUUUUUUGCAAAGAUAUUCAAAAUCAAUGUAUUUCUUUGCGGGGGACAAGGGUAAACGUCCUAUUAGGUGUAGGGUUAUUCCACCUUCACUGGCACUCUGCAAGUUUUAAGUUAUCAGAAAACUGUUGUUAGAUGUCUAUUUCAGUUGUCUUGAGACUGUCAAUGCACCCACAUUUUAUGUUUUAAUCUUUGUAUUAGAAUACCAACUAUAAUCAAAGUGGUUCAGAACUCUUGCAUCCCCAUUUCCAUCUUAAAAAAAGAAUUGAGCCGAUGGGUGAUGCCCAGUGUUAGUCAGACCCAGAGUGGACAUAUUGAAAUGAACUGGACUUGCAUAACUGAAUUCCCUUGAUUUCAGUGGAUCUGCUCAGAGGAUGACUUAGCAGGGUUGUAUGAUUUUGAGUUGUAUGAUUUAGCUGAUCCUGAAUUAUUUUCUCAACCAACACGUGUAGCACUAUUCCAGGAGUUUUUUCUGUAGCACUGAAAGUUUAAAAGCGCAUUGAAGCGUAAACAAUUGUAGCAAGUGAGUAGUACUCAGAAUGUGGGAAACAAUAGCACAUUUGGGGGGGAAAUUGUUGCUCAUAUGAUCUCAAAACACAUCAUCCUAUGCAAGGAAUUUCUUUUAGACCAUGUAAUCUGUUUAGAAUCAGAGUAUAAAUAACUUGGAUAUACUUUCUUUUAAACCAAAAUAUGGAGUCUAAAAGUCCACAAGGCAGAAAUCGUUCCAUCUAAUUUCUCUGUAAUGCUAGAGUUAUUAAAAGUUGUAUUCUUGGCAUAUCUGAAUAAGUUGGUUAAAUUUCAUAUAUUAAUUGUCUGUUGUAUUUGUUCUUUUUGGCCCCCAUGGUGUCUUGAUAGCUAACACAUGCCUGAAAUGUUAAAUACAUGCAUAGUUUUGUAUUUAUGAAAUAAGGAAUGUGAAACCCACUGAAUAAUUAGUAAACAGCACUAUAUAAAUACUGAUUAUUAUCAUCAUCAUCAUCAUCAUCAUCAUCAUCAUUGAGAGAUGGAGUUGGGAGUGACUAUAAAUAUUGGUUACUGAUGGGAGGCAGGGUUUGGUGUGACUGAUCCUAGCCAGAUAUAGCUGGCUGGACCUAAGGUGUUUUAGACCAGGAAUGAGGAGUCCAAAUGUUGGACUCCCAACUCCCAUCAGCCUAGCCCACAGUCAGGAAAGUUGGGAGUUGUAGUCCAACAACAUCUAGAGGGCAUCCCUGACUUGGACAGUGGUUGACACAGCAAACACCACUAGAUUCUAUCAUCUUUAAGAGCUAGUUCUGUGCAGUGUAAGCUAGGAGGUUCCUCAGAUACAAAUUCACUAGGUGACCUUAGACAAAGCACUGGUCCUACACGCACACCAUCUGCAGUAUGUGGAGAACAGCACAGACCAGUCUUAUCAGGUGACUGUUGGAAUUACUGAACUAUUGUGCUUGAAGAACUUCAAAAGCCUAAAAGGUGCUAUAUACACUGUUGACCUGUGCAUCAGUGUGUUACAAACAAGUACAGCAAUUUGACUUCUUAAACAAGACUUCAACUUGGGGGGUGGGAGGGGAUUAAAAAAAAGAAUCUGAUCCAAAUAUGGAUUGUAGAUGAAAUAGAAACAGUAACUGGCAAUUUAAAAUGCUGCAGACUAUAUCUGAAAGAUUUUAAAUAUUACACAUUUUACAGAGCACAAGACAUUAAGUAUGAUGUAUUUAGGUGCCCAUAAAGUGUUUGAUCAUCUUCAUUGGUCCUUUUCAUUUUGUGUCUUGUAAAGAAUAAAUUUUGGUAAAUAUUCUACACAGGUAAUCGGAGCUCUGUAUUGUUUAAUAAUGACAAGAGUCCACGUCAACCGAUGUGUUUGAAAAUACAUAGGGGAACUGAACAGGGGUGUCCCCUUUUCCCUUUGUUAUUGGUUCCUUCAUUAGAACCAUUAGCUGAAACCCUUCGUAAGAAUACAAAAAUGUUGAGUGUCAUAACAAAUGAGCAAGAACAUAAAAGAAAGCAAAGCUAAUGCACUUUGAGAACUGAAUCUGGGAGGGGUGGUAUUCAGAGUAGGAUAUUAUAUGCUUUUCAUUUGACUUACCUGGUUGAUCUUCUGUUACACGCUCUGUGUGGGUCACUGACGUAUUAUUCUUUCCUACCUGUAUUACUAUCUGAUAAUGGAAGUUGUACUUGAUGUUGUGUUUGUUUUUUUAAAUUAAAACACACGCUAUAAAUGCAAAGCACAGUAUUA